AUGCUUGACUGCCGAGCAGAAGCCGGCCCAAACCGCGUAUGGGCCAAAUAUCCAGUCUCGGCCACUUCAUAUACGGAAGGCUUCCAAGCGGCGACUUACAGCGAGAUGCGUACUGCUGUUAAUCGCGCUGCCCACCUUUUGUGCGAUGCGCUUGGUGAGAGCGAGACAUUCGAAACCUUGGCCUAUCUCGGCCCCAAUGAUCUGCGCUACCACAUUUUUCUCGUGGCUGCUAUCAAAACGGGAUAUAAGAUGUUCUUUCCUUCACCUCGUAAUAGUAUUGUAGCUCAAAAGGAGCUUCUAGCACGCACCGAAUGCAAAACUCUCUUAACGCCCGACCCGGAACCACCGAUGGUGACCAGUCUCUUACGUGAGAGUCCCAUGAAUACGAUACGAAUUCCGUCACUCGAAGAGUUAUUCAUGAAUGAUGCCUCACUCGUCCCCUAUCCCUAUAUUCACGGGCAGAAAUCCCUCGACGUGGUUCGAGAUCAGCCCGUCCUCGUCCUGCAUACUUCAGGGUCCACAGGUCAGCGAAUUGCCGGCAUCGGAUGGGGCUUUGUUCUCCCCUUGUUCAAAGACAGCAUCCCGGUACUCCCUCUGCCUGGUCGACCACCAUCGACUGAUGGUUUCUUGGAAGCUGUACGAUACGGCCACUUUGCAUGGGCUUUCGUCUUACCCAUCAUCAUUGAUGAGCUCACCAGUAGUCCGGAGGCGCGGGUUCUGGUCUCAGAAAAAUUGAAGUACCUCUUCUACACUGGUGGUGCUCUGCCCCCAAGCGCCGGAGAGCGUGCUGUCGCUGCAGGAAUCCAAGUCUAUUCAGGCUUGGGGUCAAGUGAGUGUGGAGCUUUGCCUCAAGUCCGGAGCGUUGACGACCAUCUCCAUCCGCCAUCCGAAACAUGGCGGUAUCUGCAUUUCAAUCCAGCGAUGCUAGCAGAAUUUCGGCAUCGUAUGGAUGACUUGCAUGAGCUGGUAGUACGUCGAUCCUCCACGCAUGCUGAUGCCCAACCGGUGUUUGCCCUCUUUCCAGAUCUUGAAGAAUUUGAGACGCACGACUUGUUCAGUCCACAUCCAGACUUACCAGACCUGUGGAUGCAUCGUGGUCGUCGAGACGACCUUAUUGUCCUGCUCAAUGGCGAGAAGACGAACCCCAUUUCCUUCGAGGCUGAGAUCACUGCCCAUCCCGACGUGCGUGGUGCGCUAGUAGCUGGCAAUAAGCGUAUUGAGGCUUGUCUCAUCGUGGAGCCGGUUCCAGAAGCACUGCAACAGGCGACAGAUGAUACUCCAGCCAAGGACUAUUUUAUUAAUAAGAUCUGGCCUACCGUUGAGGAAUCGAAUCACCAUUGCCCAGCGCAUGCUCGGAUCGCCCGAUCCAUGAUCCUUAUACUUGAUCCAGACAUGCCCAUGUUGCGAGCUGGAAAAGGCACUAUACAACGCGCCGGGACUCUACAAUUAUACGCAGAGCAUAUUGAGGCGCUCUAUAUAGAGAAGGAAUUACCAACUCCGCCUGCUAUACCACUUAGUCGUGAAUCCGUUACUUCCACCCUGCGAUCAAUAGUGGCCGACAUCACAGGAUGGUCUGAACUCCAGGACGACGUCGACUUUUUCGAUCAAGGUAUGGACUCGCUUCAGCUGUUGCGACUAAGUCCCGCUAUUCGCUCACGUCUCGGUGUUUCCAUCUCUCCUUCCGUCAUUUAUAGCAACCCUUCAGUUGCUCUCUUGAUCACGAAGAUCUGCCAGGAUACUAUGGCAGAUACCGAACAAGAUCAAACAAUCCUAAUCCAAGAGAUACUGCAGCAAUAUAAGCAGCAGAUUGAUCAUCUUGCGUCAGAGCCUACAAAGGCAUCACCUGAGCCUAAUCGUCCAGCCACAAAGACUGUCAUUCUCACUGGCUCUACCGGCACAGUGGGGUCCUUUGUGCUAGGGCAGCUGUUGAAUGAUCCUGAAGUCGCGCAUAUAUACUGCCUCAACCGAUCAACCGAUUCCGAAUCAUUGCAGAUAACCAGAAAUCUCAAGCGAGGAAUUCAUACCCCUCUCGACGCAGACCGGGUGACUUUCCUCACAGUCGAUCUUACAGGUUCAUCCUAUGGUCUGGACACCUCCGCACUCGAAACCUUGGUGGGCGAAACAACACAAAUUAUCCACAGCGCCUGGCCAGUCGACUUCAACCAACCACUAUCCUUCUUCCAGCCUAGUCUUCAAGCCCUAGUAAACCUCAUCACAUUCGCCAGCCAGGCAAAACACAACCCACCGCUCCUCUUUCUCUCAUCAAUCAGCGCCGUCAGCUCUGCUACCGGUCUGAUCCCAGAAGAGACUCUUCCAGAUCUGACCUCUCCCGCUCCAAUGGGCUAUGGCCAAAGCAAGUACCUCGCAGAACGGAUUCUUGCCCACGCAGCAACAGCCUUGCCACACCUACGUCUAGGUGUAGCGCGCAUCGGCCAAGUCUCAGGUCGAGCUCGCGGCCCAGAAGGAGCCUGGGCACGAACUGACUGGUUGCCCAGUUUGGUCGUUAGCUCACGAUAUCUGGGCGCUCUGCCGGAUUCACUGGGUGGUGGCCGGAUGGAAGCAAUUGACUGGGUUCCUGUUGAUGACCUUGCUGUGAUUCUGGUCGAGCUCUCCGAAGCUUUGAGCACAGGAUCGGGUGCGUUGUCCGUCUUUCAUUGUGUCAACCCGGAGGCCAUUACCUGGCAAGAUUUAGUCCCGGCUACUGUUGAGGAAUUAUCGACCCCGGAGAAGAACCUGGUGACUGUCACCUUUGAGGAGUGGUUGGAGCGACUGCAAAAUAGCGCCGCUGAGCUUGAUCGGGACGAAGUGAAGUUAGACGAGUUCUUUGCUCAUAAUCCUGCGGUGAAGUUACUAGAUUUUUAUCAGCAGCUUCUUGUCGACAGUGGGGAUAAAGGAAAUGGUGGCAGAUUGGCACUUGAUAAAUCUGUGUGCGUGAGCCAAGCUCUGUCUGGUCUGCGUCCUGUCCAGCCGGAGUGGAUGCACAGGUGGAUUGGCGAAUGGGUCGACAAUUGA